UCAAGUCUCGGUGGAACCUAUUCCUUUUUUCAUUUUAUUUUUGGCUCAAAGUUGUGAGUUGGGCCACUCUCGCUAUUGUGCUGCACUUCCCUCUUUUCCCGAGUCCUAUGGCCAUUUCCACUUCAAACACAAAUACUCAAAACUCGAACCUUUUUUCUUGUUUGCUACAAGUAUAUUUUGAUUUUGAUUGUCCAAGCUCUUGUUUUUCUCUUUUAUUUUCGCGGGAAAAUGGAUCAAGAAAGGGCCCGGAAGAUUGAGGUAACGGUGGUGGACAUACUGAGGAAUAUGAGUUUGGCAGAGAUGACUGAGUAGAAAGUCCGAGUCGCGGCCUCGGAGCGACUCGGAAUCGAUUUAUCUGAGGCGGAGCAUAAGAAGUUGGUGAGGAGUACGGUCGAGACUUAUCUGGUCUCGGCGGCGGAGCAGGAAGAACAGGAGAAGGAGAAGAGCAACCACAAGGAGGUGAAUGAGAAGGGUGAUCACUUUAUUUGCAAGCUUUCAGAGAAAAGCAGUGUAGUGGCUCAUGAUUUCAAAGGGGAAAUGUUGGUGACAUUUAGGGAAUUGUUUAACAAAGAUGGAAAGCAGCUUCCUUCUAACAAAGGCAAAAGAAGAGAGAUGGAAGAAGGCAGCACGUACGUGGAAGAAGAUCAGUGGAAAAUAAGGUCUGGUUGUGGUUGUGGUUGUGGUUGGGGCUCAAAGGGUUGGAUAGGAAGCCAUGGCCACAUUUGCAGGAACCACCCAGAAAUGUACUGCAUGCAACAAGACGGUGUACCUGGUUGAUAAGUUGACAGCUGAUACCAGGAUCUACCACAAGGCCUGCUUCCGAUGCCAUCACUGCAGGAGUACCCUUAAGCUUAGCAGCUAUUGUUCGUUUGAAGGGGUCCUCUACUGCAGGCCUCACUAUGAUCAACUCUUCAAGCGAACUGGUAGCCUGGACAAGAGUUUUGAAGGGACUCCUAAGAUCUUGAAACCAGAAAAACCAACUAGCGAGAAUGCAAAGACAGUCUCGAAUAUGUUUGCGGGCACCAAAGAUAAGUGCGUGGGAUGUAACAAAACCGCUUAUCCGAUUGAGAAGGUGACGGUUAAUGGAACUCCUUACCACAAGAGUUGCUUCAAAUGCACUUAUGGGGGUUGCACCAUAAGCCCAUCCAACUAUAUUGCACAUGAGGGAAAGCUCUACUGCAAGCAUCACCACAUUCAACUCUUCAAGGAGAAAGGAAAUUACAGCCAGCUUGAGGGCGAUAGUGAAGAGAAUUCCUUGAGCGAGAGAGUCGCUGCUGUGGAAGUCACUGCUGAAUCAUAGUAGACUUACAGACAAGGACCAACUCUCAGAUUCUUGCUCAUUGUGUAACCCUAUAUAUUUGGGCUUUGCUUUUUAUCGUUCAAAUGUUUUGAGUGGUACUCUGUUGUUGAGGUUUCAAGUGACUUCAUAUGCAUUUACAAGUCAAAGGUUUUUCUGUAUCAAGAACCAUCGUUAUAAGACCAUGUUUUUGUACCA